AUGCGGGCAGCACUGAUGCGCCGCAUCCACGCCAGCUUGGACCUGCUGGAGGAAAGGAAUGCAGCAGCGGCAGCAGCAGCAGGGGCCACAGGAGGCAACUCUGGCUCAGGGGAGGGCGGCAAGGCCGCUACAGGCAGAGACGAGGAUGCUGCUGGCGCCGAGCAGCCUGCUGCGCUGGACCUGCUGAUGGCGAGCAGGGACGAGGAUGGCAACAGGCUCACCAGGCAAGCAACACACUUUUUGCCUCUUGCCUCCAUGCCCUACGCAAGCCAGCGCCUUGGCUGGGGGCAGCCAGACCAGAGGCUAACGGAGCAAAUUGCCGACACUGUGCUGACCCUGCUGUUUGCGGGGCACGACACCAGCAGCUCUUCCCUCACCCGCAUCUUCCACCACCUGCACAACCACCCCGAGGCCGCAGAGCGUCUGAGGCGGGAGCAGGCGGAUGUGGUUGCCAAGCAUGGCUCUGUCAUCACCGAGGCGGCGCUGCAUGACAUGCCGUAUGCAGACGGGGUGGUGCGCGAGACCCUGCGCAUCACACCUAUCAUCAAUGCCACCUUGCGGGUGGCGCUGCAGGACUUUGAGCUAUGCGGGUACAAUGUGCAGAAGGGCACUUCCCUGCAAGUCAGCCUGACGCAGCCGCUGCUGACUGAUGCCAGAUGGCAGGGCGAGGAGCAGCCGCUGGCCUUCAAGCCCGAGCGUUGGCUGGCCGGUGCGGCGCUGAAGCAGGGCGCCUGGAUUCCCUUUGGCGGCGGCCAGCGGCUGUGCCUGGGAUGGCUGCUGGCAAUGACCGAGAUGAAGGUGCUGCUGGCGGUCAUCUUCCGGGGGCAUGCCGUGGAGCUGCGCCAGCCGGAUGAGCCCUGGGUGUUUUUUCCAAUUGCCAGGCCCAAGCGCGGUAUGCCCGCGCGCUUUGUUGUUGUUGAAUAG